AUGACGGAGCGCGCGGGCGAACGCGUGAUGCAUCGGCCGACGUACGUGGACAUUCGCCUGCCGGCGACGAUGUCGCCGCCGGCGAGCCCCGAUAAACCGGCGCGACGCGCGUCGUCCGGGUCCCGACGCGGCUCCUGGCCGAGCACGGGGUUGCCCAGGUUUUCCUUUUCCUUAUCCUUCUGGGCGUGCGUCGCGCUCUUUUGGACGCUCGCGUGCCUCCUGUUCACCGCGGUUCCGGUCGACAGGCGACGCGCGAUAAUCUCUGAGUCGCGCGACGACGCGUGGCGCGAGCGCCUGUCGCUCGUCUCCGCGGGAAUAUGGGACACCGUGUCGUCCCUCAAGGACGCCGCCGCUGGAAACUUCCUGGGACGAGACGCGAGAACGUGCGCGUCGGUCGAGCCGCGCGGUGUUCUCGGCCUUCCCAUGUACGCCUACCUCGACGCGAUGGCGGACAGGACCUCGUCCAACGUGAGAGACAUCGCGCGCCGCGCCGCGGAGGACCGACGCGACCGGCGCGUCGUCUCGGCAACCCCGUCGCCCGAGCCCAGCCGCUGGACCGGGCCCGAGCACCUUACCCGAGUCGUCGCGACGCAUCACAAGACGGGCACCGCACUCAUGCGCGACGUAUUCUCGCACAUCGCGUCGGACCCAAGGUGGGCGGCGAAGUACGGCCCGUUCGCGGACGUACGCUGGAUGGAAGACCACCCGGAGCGAAGCGGCGUCGACGAGUCGCGAGCCGCCGUCGCCGCCGCGAGAAUCGUCCUCGACUACCACCUCGGGAAACAACUCCCGGAGUUUAUGCUCGCGCGAGGGCACCGGGGCGACGGCCUGGACGGACUUGGAGACGGCGACGACGACGCCAACGACGACGGCGACGGCGUCCAAGGGACGUCAUCAAAGGAUGGAGUUUCGUCCGUGCCUCGAGAGUGCGCGAGCCUGGUGUCUACGCUCGGGGAGUACCGCGCGGUUCACGUCGUCCGUGAUCCGACGCAGGUUCUCAUAUCGGGGUAUCUGUACCAUCGCAGGCUGCCCGGGGACGAGCGUUGGCUGUUCGAGCCGUCGCCCGAGCUCGGCGGCGGAACGUACGCGGACCGGUUGGCGAGCGCGGACAAACUCGGUGCGACGGAUGCGAUGCUGGCUGAGAUAGCCAUGGCGGACGACGAGCUCCGUGCGCUCGCGUUGGCGUACCGCGACGUCGAGCGGGACCCGCGCGGGAUGAACGUCAAGCUCGAGAGUUUCUUCGAGGACUUCGACGGGACGAUGGGCGCGGUGUUGAGAUUUCUGGAGUUCGAGGAAGGGGACGUGGGUGAGAUGGUGAAGCUGGCGGGUGAGUUUGACGUCGGGCGGUGGAGCCAAGAGGAGCUGGCGGCAAACGAGCAUUUCACCCAGAAAGAGGACAGGAGGCCGUACGUCGAGGCAAUUCGACAGGAUCCGUUCCUUAACGCGACGGUGAGUUACAUGCGAUACGCCAUGGGGUACGUGCACGAGUUUCCAACCUUUUGGGGGGAAUGA